AUGCCACCAGCACUCCCUAAUAUUCCCAUGAAACGAGGACACACCCCUAACACAAGUACAUCUCCGACACCAGUAAUACCCCGACACCAGUUCUCCCCCGACACCAGUACUACCCCGACACCAGUAAUCCCCGACACCAAGUACACUAGUACAACAGUACACCACGACACCACUACUACCCCUGACACCAUUACACCACAACACCAGUACACCAACGACACCAGUACUCCCCGACACCAGUACUACCCCGACACCAGUAAUCCCCGCCACCAACACACCACGACACCCGUACCCCCCCGACACCAGUUCUCCUCGACACCACUACCCUUGACACACUUACACCAAGACACCAGUACCCCCCCGCCACCAGAACAACCCCUUACACGAGUACUCCCCCGACACAAGUACUAUCCCGACACCAGCGCACCACGACACCAGUACACCACACCACCAGUACACCAACGACACCAUUACUCCCCGACACCAGUUCUUAACGACACCAGUACUCCCCGGCACCAAAACACAAGAACUCCCCCGACACCAGUAAACCACGACACCAGUUCACCUCGACACCAGUGCUCCCCGAUACCAGUACUAUCCCGACACCAGCGCACCACGACACCAGUACUAUCCCGACACCAGUCCACCACGACACCACUACUACCCCUGACACCAGUACACCACGAAACCCGUCCUCCCCCGACACCAGCAAUCCCCAACACCAAGUACACCACGAUACAACAGUUCUCCUCGACACCAAUACACCACGACAACAGUCCUCCCACGACACCAGCACACCACGACACCCGUACACCACAACACCAGUACACCAACGACCCCAGUCCCCCCCGACACCAGUACCCCCCCGCCACCAGAACAGCCCCUUACACGAGUAUUCCCCGACACAUCAACAUCCCCGACACCUUUACUUCACCGACACCAGAACAACCCCUUACCCGAGUACUCACCCGACACAUCAACAUCCCCGACACCUUUACUUCACCGACACCAGAACAACCCCUUACCCGAGUACUCACCCGACACAUCAACAUCCCCGACACCUUUACUUCACCGACACCAGAACAACUCCUUACACGAGUACUCACCCGACACAUCAACAUCCCCGACACCUUUACUUCACCGACACCAGAACAACCCCUUACACGAGUAUUCCCCGACACAUCAACAUCCCCGACACCUUUACUUCACCGACACCAGAACAACCCCUUACACGAGUACUCCCCCGACACAAGGACUAUCCCGACACCAGUCCACCACGACACCACUACUACCCCUGACGCCAUUACACCACAACACCAGUACUCCCCGACAACAUUACUACACCAACAACAGUACAACACGACACCAAUACACCCCGACAACAGUACUCCCCCGACAACACUACCACCCCAACAACACUACAACACGACACCAGUACAUCCCCGACACCAGUACUUCCCGACACCAGUACACCAUGACACCAGUACUCCCCGACCCCAAAACAGAAGCCCCCCUCCGCCACCACUCCCCGACGACACCAGUCCUCCCCGACACCAGUACUUCUCGACACCACUACUCCACGACACCAGGACUCCCCGACACAAAACAGAAGGACUCCCCCGACACCAGUUCCCCCCCGACACCAGUACACCAUGA